AUGUCUUUCCCCCUCACUUUAUGUCCUGGACUGACGACUCUCAGGGCCAACGACGCCUCUUACGUUGCAUCUAUCUCCAUCGGUACACCGCCCCAGCAGUUUGAAGUGGACAUUGAUACCGGCAGUCCGGACUUCUGGGUUCUCUCCACCUACUGCAAGAUCAUAGUCCUUCAGGGCUCCUCAGCCUACAAAACUGGGCAAGCCUGUUCCACCAGCCUGGGAGGCGUUGGCCGCAGCUCCCGCACACUGGUGAACACGACCAAGGACUUCGUAGAGACUUACGGGGACGGCGCCGUCCAGGGCUGGGUGGUAUCAGACGAUGUCACCCUGGCGGGGCUGACGCUGUCUAACCUCAAAUUCGGGGUGGUGGAGUACGCGACGGCCGACUUUGGGCUCGCAUCGGAAUCCAGCGGAGGGGGGCUAUUAGGCUUGUCCCCAAGUGGUCUCUCGUCCAUAGGCGCCCCCAACCCCGUAGAAGCACUGCACACCGCCGGCCUCAUCCCAGCCCCGAUCAUAUCCCUCAAACUCUCCCCCCCCUCUGGUGGAGAGCUAACCUUCGGGGCCCUUGAUCCCAGCGCCUAUAUCCGCAGCACGCUAGUGACUCUCCCCUCCGAGGGCUCCGACUUCUGGGCAGCUUCCAUCCGGGCAUUGUCCGUCAAUGGCCAUGCUGUGAAGCUUAGCGCCCAAGAUGUGAUAUUCGACACGGGCACGACGCUCCUCUACGGUCCCUAUGCGGACAUCUCCGCCCUCCACUCCCAGAUCCCGGGCUCCUCUUCCGCCCAGGGCAACUUCGUCGUACCGUGUAAUCCGAACGCAUCUGUAGUGUUCAACUUUGGCGGACAGGGGUUCUCGCUGCAGAGCGAGGACUUGCCGUGGGAGGAAACGGGCGAAGAGGGGCUCUGUUUGAGCGGAAUUCAGGCGCUGGAAUAUGGUCCGGCGUCGUGGGUUAUGGGAGACGUGUUCCUGAGGAACGUCUACAUGUCGCUGGAUUUUCGCGCGAAUACUAUCCAGCUCGCGAAGCUGGCCUGA